UGAAAACGAUGCUCUAUUUAUAUAUUAAAUUCUCAUAUAUAUUAAAUAUUUAUACAUAUAUAUAUAAUCUUCUAUAUUACAGUUUUGUAUUUUCCAAUACAUUGUGAAAGACAGUGAGAUAUUUAAUUAAAUUAUUUUUGACAUGAUAUAUGAUUAUUGAAUUUGCUUAAAAAAUUGUUUAUUUUUUUGUAUCUUAUGUACUAUAGUAAACCGUUUUUCCUUAGUAAUUUAGUUGACUCAUAUGGAUUAGUGCAAUAAUUGUGUAAGGAUAUAAUUGCUUCUUAAGGCAGGAGCACAGACUUUUGCAUAAGCGCAUAAAAAGAUGCAUAAGAAAUUUGAUUGGUCUAUAAGCAUGUGCAUAAGGAAAUGGACCAAUAAAAUUCCUUAUGCAUCUGUUUAUGCGUUUAUGCAAAAGUCUGUGCUCCAGGGUGAUUAUGCUCCUCCUUAUUGAUAUAGAAAAAACUUUAGGGCAUUGCUGGUGAUGCAUAAUUGGUUUAUGAAUUUUUGAAUCAAGAUAAUUUAUUUCCUGUUAUACAUUUAAGUAUAGAAAUUUAUAUUCACAAUUGCCAGCAUUUUGUAAUUAUAGUUUAUAGUUUUUGUAAUUAUAGUUUGUGCUUAUAGUUUUAAUUAUUUUUGAAAUUAUUUUUAAUAAGUUAUAUAUAUCUUAUCAUAAUCGAAAAGAUAUGUUGAUAUCACAAUUUCUUAUAUUAAUAUAACUAAUAUAAUAUAUUUUAUAUUAAGAUAUAAUGUACGGGUAAUAGUGUACGGGCAAUUGUGUGGGCAAUACUCAUUCUGUCUUUAUUCAAUAUGGCAAUUCGACAAUUUCCGUCUAACCUCUCAUCGAAAGAAAGAAAAUGUACCAAAAAAAAGAAAGAAAAUGUGUCCUUAGUUAACUAACUUAACAUUAACUAGUAUUUAACUUUGACAUUUAACUUAACAUUAACUAGUAUUUAACUUUGACAUUUACUCUCAGCCAAGUGUUAUAAUACUGUUACAUUCUGUGCUUUUGAUUUGACUCAAUAUUCUUGAACUACUGCCAUUACAACGUGAUAUGAAUAUAUGUAAUUCACAAGUUAGGUUAUCCUGUCAUCAGUGUUACUGUUAAAAACUUUACAAGAGCAUUUUAUUUCUUUGAUAUCAAGUUAGAUUGUCAUUGACUGCAACUAAGAUAGAAACAAUGACAGACGUAAUCGAAUUACGUCCUAACAAGAGUUUGAUAAACUCGUCUUUCGAAAAGUAUCAAUUUUCCAGUGACGUUGUUCCUAUAACUUUAGAAAUCAAGUUAAAAAGAGAUGUAUACAGGUUAGAGCCGAAUCCUAAUCAAGAAUCCUGGCUGGAAGCAAGGUUGUUUGCAUUUCACAAUCAUCUAUUUAACAAUGUGUACGACACGUCAUGUUGGUUUAUUGAUGAUGAUUGGGUUGUUUGGCGUUUGGAUAAAAGUGGUUCCUUAGAUCAAGUACAUAAAUUGCGUACCACAGAUACAAGCCUACCAAAGAUAACGUACAAUCCAUCAAUGGGAUUUACGUCUCAUCAGAUUUUGGUAAUUUCUGACGGUGGCGAGAAACUGGAAGUGUUGCUUGGAAAUACAGAAGAGAACAUGAAAGUUUUUUCAUUGGAUCCUGUAGAACCCGGAGUUAUCAUGAACGUACAACAUGUAAAGAAAAGCUCGAAAAUCAUUGUAACCAUGUGCGGUAUUGCGACGGGCAAUAACGAAAAGAAAUAUACACAGCUUACGUUGUUGUCAUAUUCCCUGCAGUAUUCAGGAAAUGAGAUAAAAAAUAUUUCUUACGUAGAUAAACAAAUAUUGAGGGUACAAGGUACUAUAGAUUACAUAUACGUGGAAGAAAAUGGCAACUACGUGCAUUCCAUUUGUCAAGAUAAUAUUGACUUCGAAAAGGAAGAUACACAAGGAUCUGAAACUGAAGUAAAACAGUCGGACACAAAUGUCGAGUCGCAACUAAAGAUUCCAAAGUAUUACUGGUCACAAGAUGAAGACUCUCUGACCGUUUGGAUUAAAAUACCGAAGCAACACAGCAGUAAACGACCUAAAAUAAACAUUAAACCGUUAGAAUUAUCGGUUGUAGUAGACAAUGUUAUAUUAAUACAAGGAGAAUGCCAACAUAGAUUAGAAGAGGAUAUGGCAACCUGGAGGCAAGAGGAAGAUACUUUGCAAAUCGAUCUAAGUAAAUAUGAAAAUGGACUGAUGUGGAGUGAGUUACUUAAAGGUGAUACAGGAGGCGAAUGUUUACCUAAUGAGACUCUUGCUGCAGAAAUUCAUAAAAGGCUAGCACACUUGUGUACAGAUCAACAAGGCAGUGGUAUUGGAGAGGAUCAACCUUGCGUAGGAUUUAAUUCUGAACAGUUAGAAGAGUGCGAUUUAGAGGGAAAGGAUAACUUUUUGCAGCGAAUUAAUCUUCUCACGCGAACAACGACGCAUCUAGCCAGAUUAGGAAGUAAUAAUCACGUGUUAUUUACGUGUAAAAGGGAAUACGGGCAAGCAGUGUGUCUGAGACACGAUCAUGACGCUUGCGUUUGGGCAGUAGACGACGAUGCAAAUGAUGACGCUGAGUGGAAUAUUAAACACACUCAUAGUUUUCCCGGAUUUGGCUAUGUCGAAGCCAGUAAAACUAAUAAAAAGUUUUGCGUGGCUCCGAUUGAUGGCUCCUACAUAGCUAUAGUGGAGCACACGAGACAUGUAUUCCUGUACAACAAGCCUGAUGUCGACGCGCAGACUGCCAAACAAAGGAUUAUAGAUAUAAAUUACGAAACUUCACCCAUUAUGGGUGUUGUAGCUAUGGACAGAUACUUGAUUAUACUGUCAAAGGACAAACUAUAUCGUUUAGAGAUCUAAUAAUUGUAUAUAUAAUUUUAAUAAUUACUUGCAAUUAUUGUACAAAAGUUUAUAAAUAUAUGCGCAUAAAACCGUGACCAAAAGAAUAGUUGCUCGAUGUAGAUAGCUAAGAUAGCGCUGCAACAUGUCCACUCGACAAGGAUAGACACGCACGUCUCUUCUCUGUCCGUCUACAUGUGCGAGAGUAAACGUAUCGUGCGCACAUUCUGCGAAAUUGAGUAUUUUUUAAAAAGUUUAAAAAUGUGUGUGCGUAAUAAAAAUAUUUCUUUGUAUUCGGGUAGACGGGGUAAAAUUAGUAUUUUGCGCAUAUUUUUAUAUAAUUCGCAGAAAUUAUUACAAAAUUUAUUCAAGAAUUUAAUAUACAAAGUACAUAAUUUUAUAGUGAUAAUUUAUCGUCUGUACGCUAACAAGUGUGUAACUUUUCCUUCGCUUUAAAAAAAAAUGUAGAAAAAGUUACAAUAGGUUCUCGCACAACUGUUUCAUCAGGAUGCGAUGUGUGGGAAAGGAUCGUGUGUGUGACACUCUAUGUAUAUUAGGCACAAAAUACUAAACAAUAAUGAAACGAU